AUGCCCAAGACUGAGGUCGAGGAAGUACAGGAGCUCGUGGUGGUGGGAUCUGGAGGAGUCGGCAAAUCGUGUUUGACCGUUCGGUUUUUGAAGGAUGAGUUUACGAACGAUUAUGACCCUACGAUAGAGGAAAACUACCGCAAGCACAUCACAGUCGACGCCUCCAACUGCACAGUCAACAUCAUCGACACCGCAGGGCAACACGAGUACACGGCCCUACGAGACCAGCACCUGAAAGACGGCAAAGGGUUCCUGCUGGUCUUUGCGGUGAACGAUAAACAUACCUUUGAGGAGGUUAAGCAGCUCAGGGAGCAGAUUGUGAAGUUGAAGGAUACGAAGAGGGUGCCGUUGGUUGUUUGUGGGAAUAAAUGCGAUUUACCGGAGGAGCAACAUGAAGUCGAUAACGCGGCCGUAGAUGCUUUUUGCCAGCAACACAAGAUCCCACUGCUGAAGACAUCAGCAAAGGACAACACAAACGUGACAGAAUCCUUCCACUCGCUAGUCCGCGAAUGCCGGAAAUACUUCCCAAACACGGGCACGGCCGCCGGCAGUCCCGGGAAGAGGCGGGAAACAAAGAAGAAGAGUGGAGGGUCCAAGUGCUCGAUAUUGUAG